AAACUUUAUCUUUUUUUCCUUAAUAUUAACUAAUGUUAACUGAUUGUUUCGAUUUUGUUUCGACUGCUAAUGGUAUUUGAUUUACUGAUUUGCACGUUAAAUGUUUGAUAAAAUGCUUGAGCCAGUUUCCAAACAUGAUGCAAGAUGCAAGAUAAUUAAAUGGUUCACUAUGUUUAUCCCCAGAAGAAGGAAUCUGGGGAAUGUGUUGAGAGGUUUUAAAUGUGAAGUCUAUUGUUGUAUUAGCUGGUUUCCUCAGGAUAUUUGGCCGAGAGAUUCCAGAACAACCUAUUGUAGCUACAAGUAAAGAUAACUGAAGAAAAAAUCAAGUGAAAGAUUUGCGUAGAGAUCCUCUGGUGAUUAAUUAGUAUAACCACUAUCAGAAGGACCAGUCAAUUAGGACCGCAAAGUGGUAAAGGAACCCAAAUCAUCAGUCCAGGUUGCGGGUAGAGCUAGCUGCUUUGGUAACUUCUGAAUUCUAAUGAAAAAAAGACGGUUUGCUAAUGUACCAGAUUUGAUAUGCUUCAUUUUACUUCCAUACAACGCGCAGGGGAAGUAGAUAAUGAAGAGCAAUAGAUUCGAGAAUUUAAAAAUUGUUAGACAAUUGGAAGCAAAAGCCAAUAUAUAUCAAGUGCUAGGACAUAUUGAUAUCAUCUUUUUAUACUAAACUAAUUCCCUGCCACUACUAAUUUCUAAGGAAUUGACCUCUUUGUCCCUAAUCCUAGGGUAUUUUUGUAACUUCCAUAGACUAACUGGGCCUACCAGAUCCACCUACAACCCGAUACAUUGCAAAUAUGCGCAGCUGCUACCUCCUUCAUCUAAGAAAAGUUUCAAAUUUUAAACUUCCUCAGAUCUUGCCUGAUAUAUUGUAUACAAAUAUUUACAGCUUCCACCUAUCACGUCAAAAUUUUUGAAUUUCUCAGUUUUAACUAUCUACCUUUAUGAAGAUCGUCCAUUGGUGACAUGUUCAGUCAUCUCACGGGUUAAUAUCAGCCAUAAUUGUUGUGUUUGGGAAAUUCUCCAACAUGGACCCAAACAAAAAAAUCUCAAACAUCUGCAAAUCAUUAUGGUUCUAAACGUCCGCCUCUGACUAACCAAUUCUCUCCUUCAUCGAUGAAACCUGUUAGCUAUAAGGAGGCAUAUGAACCCAAGUAAAAAGUUCUCCAUGAAUGAAGCGAGUGAAAAAAAGCAAACGACAACUCCAUGUUAAUUCAGAAAAUUCUCCCCCUGUAUGCACUCAAAUUCUAGCAUCCAGACAAGCACACGUCACGAACGGAUUCCAAACAUCCAUCAUUUUCCAAUAUCAUCACAUUUUCCUAGCAUUGGUUUAUCAGGUUUGCUCUAGCACUAUUAAUUGUAUAGGUACAGUAACAUGUAUUUUAAUAGUUGUGAAAUUUUUUACUGGAGUUUGAUAAUUGCAUAUAAAUAUCUGGGAUGUGGAAAUUAAUGUGUUUUCUCUUUUAGCAACCACCCAAAUUAUGGCGGCCACCAUUAAAAACCAAUCUUCAAUGACAUCUCACUUUGCGAUGAACAGCUCAUCAAGUUCUACUGCAACUUUAACUUCUUGAAUAUAAAAUUUAAUUUCUUACACACAGGUUUGGUAUAUUGCAUACCUCAUUGAAUCUUAUUCUCAUCGUGCUUCUAGCUUUAUUAGGCUCCCGGGGCCAACCACCUUCCUCAACUGGACCAGAAUAUCAUUGUAGGUUCUCCACCCACUUACUCAACAUAGUCUUAUGAACCGAAGAUUGCUGGCUACUCAAAUUGCAAUCAGUUUGAUAUAUGCAGUUAUUUAUACUCUAUUUAAAAUUCAGUUUUGGCUAACAACUAUUCUUAAUGCACAUGAUCCCAAAUUCAUAAGAUGAUAUAAUUCAUUACUGUAGAUAAUGACCAAUACAGUAAAGUAUCAAAACAGCCUGCCUUACGUCAUGCAACAUAUUCAAACACCGAAGAAAAUGUAUCCUGAGGUUAGUGUCGAAAGUGUUUCUACUCAAUAUAAGACAUACCUUGCUAUUGGCCAGUAACUAAUCAAUAAUGCUACAGCGGUCUCAAACGAGUUCCCAUGGGUCUGGUAUUAACUCUGUUUUUUUAGCAUAGAAUGGUAAAACAUAUGAUCGAUUUCUGAUCCUUUUUUAUUUGAUCAUUCUUAUUUCUUACUAAAUAAUUAUUUUGUUGUAGCCCACAACAUUCUUUCGUACUUUACUAUUUAAAGUUCUAGAUCGCACACUUUGUCUUAUUCAGAUAAGUCUAUUAAAGAUAUUCAUUUUUAUCUAAUUGGUAACUUUUAUUAUGUAUAUAAUUAUAAGAUUAUAGAGAGUAUUUGCCCAUAUGCUCUGCAGCUAAUUUUUUUUUUUUUUUUAUCAUAGUUCUCCUAAUUUAUCAUAGAGCUUAUAUGAUGUUAAUGUGUCGGAUCAUAGAAUUAUAUCUGAUGAAGAUAAUAUAGCGUGUAAGUAUACUGCAGUUGCCUUGAAUUGCCUUCUUUAGUGUUUUCUUGGUCUCUUCUAUUUCCAAAAUUUCACAAGUAGAACAAUCUCUAUCUUGAAGCAGAGUCUAUGUGAAAUAGGUUCAAAAAAGAAGGGUUUUGUAUCUGAAUCUUUCUGGUAAUCAUUCAUGUUUCUUUUUUAAUAAGAUGCAUGAUUUUUGGUCCUAGAUACCUUGCUAUGUAUUACUAUCAUAUAAUUAUACUGUUUAUGCUUUGUGUAAAAUUUUUAAUACUAAUUACUUCUCGGUGAUCAUUUCUAAUACAAGCAUGUAUGUGUUAAAUUAGGAGUAGAAGAGAUGAUGAUGUAUCCCGGACGUAGAAACUAAUUUUUCUCUCUCUAAAAGGAGAUUGCCAUGGCAAGGCUACUAAUUAAGUAAAUCAUCAAGGUCUCCUCUCAAGUGAUAACAUUUGCCGCUGAGUGAAGAGCAUGAGGCGGAACAUUUGAGGAAGUUUCUACUGGUGAUUCAGUACGUCUAAGUUUCCUAUUGCUCUGUCAGGGUUGAGCUUUUGGGCCAAGAUCUGAGCCUACAGCAGGUCGUUUCCUUACUAUCUUUCGAGGCUGAAUGGCACUUAUUUCAGUUGGGCCAGGCUGCUGCCGUGGCUGUGAAAAGCAGAAUGCAUCAUAAAAUCAACAAGUAAAUACUCCUCUCAUGUAUCUGACUUCGAGCCAAGAAAUUCAAAAUAAUCAACGGAGAAGGUAAACUCAACGGAGAAGACUUUAGCAGGGGUGAUAAUCAUAGAUUGAGUGGAGCUGAGGGUAAGAACCACACUGACCAAGCAAGAACCGACAAGGGAGAUGGGCUUUCUGAAAAGGGGAAAGAUGAGGAGGAACUCCAAAAGCAAUUGGACAAAGUAUAUCAGCACUGGUUCCUACUUGAAAACGAUGAUUACGUAACAGCGCUUCAAAAAGGAAACAUCAGUUUGCUGCCAGGAGCCCUUGCGUGUUAACUAUCUUCUAGGAGUGGUCCCAACAGAUCUGAUUUCUGAAAGCCUAAAAGGUGAAGAAGAUGCUCUCUGGGAGCUCCAUAGAUUCCUUUCAAAUAAUGGCUAGCGGGAAAGGGCUAGAAAUCUAACUGUGGGGGAAAAGGACAACAAAGAAUGGAGGAUGGGGUCAGACCCUCUCUUUCAGCUCUUGCGCGGCAAGGAACAUAUGAUUCACCCGAAUACUAGGCCCUUGGCUUAUGCAGGGGAUAAUGAAGGCAUUCGUAUGGCGCUCAAAUCAGAUUUAUUAUGGUUCCUUACAGGGUGCUUGCCGAGGAAAGGGGGAGAAACCAAAGUAUGAACCGAAGCCCACAGUCUGGCAACUACAGUCCAAACUCUCAUCUCAGACGGGAAUUAUGAAGGAGUUCAUUCUAGGUUUCAAACACCUAAUUGAGCCUUCGGUCUUCAUAGAUGCUAUGAACAAUAAUGAGAAGGCGCUAUCCCUAGCAGUAGGCCAAAUCCAUCACAAAACCCUGCCGGAAGAUACUAAGUCAUUCAAAGAGGCUGUACUCUCCCCUCCACCCACGCAGGCUCCAAAAUUCCUGCAAGUUAAGCAAAAUUUGCCCCCACGCACAAGUCCUAUUCGGGGCCCUUGCUCAAUCUUCUUUACUGGGAUUGAUGAUGUUGUUAAUGUAGCAACACUAUGGCAGUUGUUCAAAAAGGCAGGCGCAAUCAAAGACAUCAUCAUGCCGCGUAAAAGGGAUAAGUUUGGGAAUCGCUUUGGUUUUGUGGUUGCCCAGAAUGAAAGGGAGGCUGAAAAAAUAAUAGGUCAUUUAAAUGGACGCAACCAAGGAAGGAAUACCCUCUAUCUCGCAAAAACUAAGCGUAAGCCAGGUACUAAGCUUAGCCAUAGUCCCACUAAGUCUAAUCCACCUCAACGACAAGUCAAUUUGAAUAUCCCCCACGUGGAAUCAAAAGGCGUGGAAAUUAAAAAUCCGUCCCCAAACAAAAACAGGGUCGAAAGAGGUUCCCCGAACCAAGAUACCACGAUACGACCCCAUCCCACGACCUUAUCUCACGACUCAGGCCUUCAGGAGGAGUUAGAUAAAUGUGUACUCCUUGUUACGGUCAAAAAAGAAACAAUUGGGAAUGUUGAGAUGAUCGUGGGAGGCCUAGGAUGCAAGGAUGCCAUCAUUCGUGGUCUCUUAAAUAAUAAGUUCAUGGCCUACUUCCCUGAAGUGGAAAGUUUAGAGGAAGUAGACCUCGAUUUCUUGGGUAUUGGCUUCCUGGAGGUACGGAAAAUACAGAUGGACGACCUCGUGGUCCCACAUCAAGCAUGUGUAGAUAUUAGGGGGCUCCCUAUACUUGGAUGGACAGAGGAGAAUUAUGCAUCAUUGCUACGACCAUGGGGUGAAAUCAUUCAUUAUGGGCGUACUUUGGAUGAAGAUGCUUACUACAUCACCCCUAAGUUGUUAAUUGAAACUGCUCACUUGGAAAACAUAAAUGAAACAAAAAAAAUUGAUCUUUUGGGAAAGCAAUGGUCGAUAAGGAUUGUGGAGACUUAUGGAGUGGGAAGCGAUUUACAUGCAGAUUCUGACUCAGACAAUGACCCUGAAGAAGGGAAUGUAGGACCUAUUUUUGAAGAAGGACAUAGUGAUGAAGCCCCUAUUCUGCACGAUAUGAAUCUUGAGGAGGCGGAAGAUCGUGUAACCGAAAAUCAUGAUGGUACGGAUGGAGCUGUCUCUGAGGGGGAUGAUGGAUCGUGCAUCAAUCCAGUUACUCCAAGGUCGUUUAUCCCAGAAGAACAGGACUGCCACAAAGAGGUAACAACUCUGAACACGCAUCAUACAAUUGUUAAUGAACCACCAGUAGUGGAAGAAUCCCCAGAAUUCGAUCUUCACACAGCCAAUUGGAAACCGAGAGAAAGGGACUCAUCCACCUCCUUCCCAAAGUCUACAAGCGAUGAAAACAAGUCAAAUGUUGAGGACAACAGUGACAAGGAAGACUCUGACUCCUUCACCCUUACCUCUGGUGUCCUUAAGGAGCUCCAAAAUAUGAAAGUGCAGGUGAAGAGGGGUAGGCCUAGAAAUUUUAAAAAGAACCAGUUCAACAAGCACUUUAAACUACCUCGCCGAAAGAAAUCUAAGGGGGAGGGUCUCCAACAAAUAUCACAUCAAUUUCUCAACGCCAACUAUGAUGAGGCCGAGGCAAUCUAUGAAACAUGCAUGAUGAUGGGCUUGCUACCUUCAGGUUCGAAGGACCAUUCUAUCGAGCUUAUAAAGAAAAAUCUUAAGAAUAUUGCAAAUGCUUGAAGAAAUAAAAGAAUAAAGCAAAAAAGAGAAAAAGAUGGGAAGAAAAGGAUCAUAGGGGAAUAUUCUCAAGGAAGCAUCUAGAUGAGACACCUACACCCCCCUCUACCCUAAUUUCCCCCUAUAAAUACACACCUCCCCAUCAUGUUUCAACCAACCUAGGAUUUUCUCUUUUUAGUAGCCUCUCUUUUAUAGUCUAGAUCUAGUUUUAAUUUGUAUGCUCUCUUCUCAUUUUGUAAACACAUUUUAAUAUUUUAAUGCAAGAGUUCAUCUUUGUUUUUACAUUUUUGUUAUUUAUGUUUCCUUUGGCUAUGAAAUCUUCC